GCGCUCAAUUUUGUCGACGGCCGUCGCGACGGAACUGCAGCACUCAACUGUCGAGCCAUUCAGUGUAGUUCGGUGUUGAAGAGCUCGCUGGACUGUGUCCGAGGAACUAGGAAUGCGAGUCAUGGCGAAAUCUAGUUCUGUCGCUCUGCUUGUUGUCCUGCUGUACUUCCGAAUGGUCGUUGGCUACCGACCUGUCCUUCUCAUGCAUGGCAUAGCCGACAACUACAAGAGCAUGGAAGGAAUGGUGACCUUCAUUAAAGACGCUCACCCCGGAACACCUGUCUACAACAUCGAUGCUUUCAACGAUGCGGAUAGCUUUCUCAAAAUGUGGGACCAGGUGGACGGAGUUCAGAAGAAGAUCUCUCCCAUCAUCUCCAAUGCAACAGACGGAGUCAACCUCAUCUGCUACUCUCAAGGUGGGAUGGUGUGUCGAGGUUUCAUCGAAGCCUUCCCAGACCACAACGUCAAAUCUUUCAUCUCACUCUCCAGUCCACAAGCCGGCCAGUUUGGAGAUACAGACUAUUUGGACUUCUUUCUUCCAAACUUCACCCGAGAUAAUGUCUACCGAUUCUGUUUCUCUGAAGUGGGCCAGUAUGUUUCGUUCUGCGACUACUGGAAUGAUCCUCUCCACCAGUCAGAGUAUGAGAAGUGCUCUGACUUUCUGUACCCUCUCAACAGUGGCAAACAGCCAGAUUAUAAGUCAAAUUUCAUGACGGUUGAGGAGUUGGUUCUGAUCGGAGGGCCAGACGAUGGAGUCAUCACUCCGUGGCAAUCCAGUCACUUUGGUUUCUACGAUGAUAAACUGGAUGUCCAACCAUAUCAGUCACAAGGAUUUUAUAUCAGCGAUGCCUUUGGUCUGAAGACACUAGACGAGGAGGGGAGAAUUCAUGUCUAUAAUAUCUCUGGAGUUGAGCACACUCACUGGCACACAAACAAGACUGUAUUUGACCUGUGCAUAGAACCAUGGCUCAAAUAG